AUGACUCCAUUAAUAACCACCAGCCUUCUUCUACCUCUCUUGGCCGCCUCCUCGUCACUUGCCUUUGACACGACAGCUCGGUGUACCACGUCUACAUUUUCUUCUCUCAGCGGUGUGGAAAUCUCCACAGUUGAAUCGCUUAAAGGCAGCAGCAUCUUACGUCUACCGGACCUUGUUCCCUCGUGUGGCGGACCGGACAAAAACGUAACAGUGAGCGCAGACAUCUGCCGCCUGGUAGCUAAUGUCCGCACUUCCAACUCUAGCUCAAUCCGUAUAGAGGCGUGGCUCCCAGAUAACUGGAAUAGCCGGUUCCUUGCCACUGGUACAGGCGGCACUGGUGGUUGCGUUGACUAUUCCCGCCUUCAGAGUGGUGCACAGCUCGGGUUUGCUGCCUUUGGCACCAACGCUGGACAUGAUGGCUCCUCCGGCCACGACUUCUUCCUUGACCACUCCGAGGUGAUCAACGAUUUCGGCCACAGAGCAAUCCACGUCGAGGCCGAGGUUGGCAAGCAGAUCACGGCGCUGUUUUACGGGCGGGAGGCUUCCAAAAGCUACUACGAUGGCUGCAGCACAGGUGGUAGACAGGCCCUGCAAGAGGCUGCCAUGUACGAAGACGACUUUGACGGCAUUCUUGCAGGUGCACCGGGGGUUGACUGGCUCAAGAUCGUCGCCUCAAAGGCAAUCCUUGCGCGGCGGAUCGGCUGGCCAGAUCUCAACGCUAGUGCCUAUGUUCGGCCGGAGCAAUGGCGGGCUAUUGUCGCGAAGCAGAUAGAGCUCUUCGAUGGGUUGGACGGUGAGAAGGACGGCAUUAUUGACGCUCCGCAGAACAUUCGUUUUGAUCCGGCAUUGCUAGCCUGUGGGACUGGAGCUUUGGGGCAGGACUUGUGUCUUCACCCUGACCAAGUUCAAUCGGUUGAGAAGGCGUACCAGCCUUUGACAAACGGCGCUGGGGAGAUUAUCUACCCCCCUUUCAUUAUCGGUGCAUCCACAGGCGUCUUUUCUAAUAAUCAAAAGGAUGGCAAGCCAAUUCUUAAUUACUCACUUGUUAGGGAUUUCUGGCGUGGUGCUGUAUAUAACAACUCAGACUGGACCGAAAACAACUUUACCCUGUCAGAUUUGGACUACGCCUUGUCUGUCAAUCCUGGCGGGGUGAAUAGUAACAGCAGAGACCUCUCGAGAUUCCACCAGCGCGGUGGCAAGGUCUUGGCCUACCACGGGCUUGUCGAUACGACUGUGACCCCCCUCCUAUCAAUGGAGUUCUACAAAGGGGUGCAAGCAGCCGUUGGAUUACCUCUGCAGGAGAUGCAAUCUUUCUACCGACUCUUUUUGGUUCCUGGCAUGGAUCAUUGCAGCACUGGGCCUGGGGCAUGGAACAUUGGCCAAGUGUACCCGCUGGACAGCAAGAGGCUGGAUGCCGCGAACCACGCUCUCCUCGCUCUCGUGGACUGGGUUGAAGGGGGCAAGGCACCUGAUUUCUUGAUUGGGGCCAAGUACCAAAAUGACAGUGUGAGCCAGCCAAUUCUAGCAGAAAGAAGUGCGUACCGUAUCCGGGCCUUUCCCACUACAUCUCUGGCCAGCAUCUGA